UAAAAAGGGGAAAAAAAAAAAAUAGAAGAAGAAGAGAAUAAAUAAUAAAAAGCAAAAAAACGUUCAUUGCCUCCGGCCAGUUAGACGGACAUCAGAAUCAAAAUUAGGAGAUAAGACUUGCCGGAGAAUUAGAAGACAUGGGAAGAAGAAAAGUGGAGAUCAAACGAAUUGAAGACAAAACCAGUAGACAAGUCACUUUCUGUAAACGACGCAAUGGUCUCAUGGAGAAAGCUCGCCAACUCUCAAUUCUCUGUGAAUCCUCCGUCGCUCUUGUCAUCGUUUCUUCCACCGGAAAACUCUACAGCUUCUCCUCCGGCGAUAGCAUGGCCAAGAUCCUCAGUCGUUUUGAAAUACAGCAGGAUGCUGAUCCUACAACCUCGGAUCUUGCAGAAAAAAGUAGGAAUUAUCUUUCACAUAAGGAGUUACUAGAACUAGUCCAAUGCAAGCUUGAAGAAGCGAAAAGCGAUAAUGCAAGUAUAGAUUUUCUAAAGUGCCUGGAGGAGCAGCUCAAGACUGCUCUGUCUAUAACUAGAGAUAUGAAGACAGAACUAGUGAUGGAGUUUGUGAAGACCCUUCAAGAGAAGGAGAAGCGGCUGAGAGAAGAGAACCAGGUUCUAACUAGCCAGCUUUCAAAGAUGAAGAAGUCUCUGGAAACAGAGGAUAGAAGAGCAAUGUCACCAAGAAAAAGCUCCGGCAAGAACCCACAGGAGACUCUCCUGCUUCUUAAGUAACCACCAUCACCAAGACACCAACGGCUGAUUCAAACAUUAAAAAAUGUAAAAAAAAAAAAAAAAAAAAAUCUGAUUUGUAAUUCGCAAGGAAAGCUACAUGUGUGAAAUAUCCUCUUCUUCUCCUGCUACGGAAAGAUUUAAGGGAAGCAUCAAAUAAUGUAUUUAUUUUUAUUGUUACCUUCGGAGACCAGAUGAUAAGUAUAGUGUUUGGUAUGUUGUUUUCUUCUGAAAAUAGGAAUUGGUGAGUGUAUCCCUAAAAGUUGUGCUUUCUUCAGCGUGAAGAACCCUAAGGCCAAAUUUAUUUACUUUA